UACUCAAAUAUGUCAAACUGCCAAACACAGCUGCCAAAGUGCAGUGUCGAAUAGUCGAAAUAAUUAUUGUUUAGAUAUCAUAAUAAAUAGAAAAACCUUCCUGCCUACUUUUCUGUUUUAGUAUAUAGAAUACAAAUAUAAAUCUAUAAUAGAGAGAAUAUUCCCAACAAAUUUAUCCAAUAAAUAUGGUGUACUCAACGUUAACUAUUCAAGAUAUUUUUCCACAUAAAUCGAACAGCAAGAAAGUUGAUAUAGAUGCUAUUUUACCAUUUAUAAUAGUUCCAUUCUUGCUGCUAAUAGCGACGAUGUCGCGCACAAUUACCAUAAUAAUUAUGGUUGUAAUUGGAAUGGGAGUAUUGUAUGUGUAUUCCAGGCCGCGACAAAAGAACAGGUCACCGUUUUUCUUCUCAUGGACUAUAUCCUCUUCUAUUACAAUGUUUUUAGUCUUUGAAAUUGGCAUUUUAGGUUUAUUGGAAGUAACACAGUUAGAAAAUUUCAUUUUUCUGCUAUUACUAUCAUGUACUUGUUAUUUUUUUUACAAAAUGAAGUCUGUAGCUGAUUUUGAGCUAGCUACUGGAUCUGCAAAAGGAAAAGAAUAUAGCCCUGUAUUGACGUCAGAUUCUUAUUAUUGCCAGAUAUGUCAGAUUGAAGUCAAUGAGAGAUACUUUCACUCAAUAUGGUGGGACUGUUGUGUGUUGAGGCCAAACUAUAUUUAUUUUUUAGCAGGCCAAUUGUUUGCCUUUGCCACAAUAUUAUUGGGAACAAAUCUGGGGCUUACCACUGUGUGUCAGCCAUUUUUAAUCUAUGGUUUUAUAUUACUACCAGAAGACUGUGAGGAUGUUUAUUAUGAAUUGGACUUGGCGAUAUGCUUUGUUACCUGUGUGUAUGCUGUUGGAUAUUUAUUUGUGAUUUCCCUUGUGUUACUUCGCCAACUACUUAUCUAUAUCCCUAAGUACAGUCAGGCUCAGUGCCGAAGAAUGAUGAAUGUCCUCAAUGUAUGAUAAAAAUCUCAAUGGAUGAACUGUGUUGUGAUAAAUAUUCAAUCUUUGAAUGAGAGAGAAGAGAAAAUCCAUGAAAUGGGGGUAUUUAUGGUCUUUAAUUCGAAUUAAUUUUGUAUUGUCUUAUUGAUUAUGCAAAUAAAGCAUUUAUGACAAGUCAAUACAGAAAUAGAUAAAAUGAUUAUAAAGAGUAUAAAGCACUGUACAUUACGCAAUUUUUGUCCAAGUUUAAUUAUUAUUUAUUUAUUAUUAGCUAAUCAAUAUAACAAUACACAGGCUUUAUUGUUAUUUAAAGCCAAUCGUACUAUUCUAUACAGAUUUAUGUUACGAUGCAACUCUGUAUUAAGAAUAUUUAGUGAUUUAAACUAUAUAGUCUUACUUCUGUGUUCUUAAAGUCAUACAUUCUGUGAAUGACUUGAGUAAAAUUUUACUAGUAGAGUAACCUUGCAUCCAUUUUUGAAGAUUAGUUAAAACAACCGAAUAAAGUGGGAUGAGUUUUGCGAAUUGAUCUAAUAAUGGUAAAUUUUUUAAUGUAGAUUUUUAAUCCUAAAUUUGGGGAUGGAAAUUUUUGCAUUGAAAUCAAAACAUAUUGUCAAAGCAAUUUCAAAUCUCUGAAUCUAACAACUAGGUACUUAAGAAAGUAAAUUGAUGACAGACAUAAGUUCAAGCAAAUCUCAUCAAAGACUAAAAAUAUAUUAAAUAAAGUAUUUUUCAAACAUUCCAUAAGAUCAGAAUAUUGUGCUCCUAAAAUUAAUGCGAACGAGUGCUGAAGAAAUGAAUAAUUUCAUAAUAUCUACCCAACGAAAUAAUACAAACUUGUGAAAAUGAUAUGUUUUUAUAAUACGUAAGCAUUCCUGAAAAUACAUUAUGUAGUUUAACGAACACUUGCAAACGAAUGAGUUAUUGUUAUCUUACGAACAAUAAGAUUAACAAAUUAAACAUCCCUAAUAAUAACAUGGUAUAGUACUCGUCGGUAAAUAUUGCCGCAUCGAUUUAUAGGCGGAAAAUACAUAGACAACUCUAAACCUUUUCCCAAAGCCGUGGUAUUCACUGCCAUGUGCACACUAUAGUUGUAUUUUGGAUUUUCCUAUUUCAAAAUAGAAACAUGUUACAAAAUAUUGAUAUUUUUAAACUUCUAUCAUUAUAAGUCAUCAUUAUGAUAGAGACGCAGGUUUGAUGAAGUUUGCUUUGUUAAUAUGAACUGAGACUUGACCUUCAGGCCACAGGCUAAAAAUAAACUUAUUACCUAAUUUGUGGUGAAUAUCAAGACCUAAAAGAUUUUCUGUACCCAUGAUAUCUAGACGUGUAACAAAAAUUUGCGGCACAGAAUCGAACCUGUGUUUGUUGUCUCACAGUUUGUUAACUAUUGUGUCUCCAUAGGCUGUCAAAUCUCUAGAAUGGAUAUCAUAUCUUUAGUGUCUAUUGUUAUCUUGCAGAUCUCAUUUUAAAUAUGGCUUAAUUCUACAGUUAAUUGUUAUAUUAUUAUUGGGUGUUUAUUUUAAUAAAAAAGAAAUAUCUAGGUAAUUAAACAGUGAUAAUAAUUUUACACAUUGGAAAAUAAAACCUAUAUUUUCCAGUGUUUGACAUUUAUUUCGUUUUAAAAUUGUUAUUUGUUGCAAAUAGGUAGGUAAGUACAUAUUGUAAAUUAAUGUACCUUGAAACUGUUUAUUUAUAAGUUUGAAAUCAAAAUUAACGUUUAAACAUAUCACUAAGUCAGUAAAGUAUUAUAAUGUUACUUAUAUUAAGUUCUUAAAUUAAUAAACAUGAUAUUCUAAAAUUGUA